AGCUAGGAGGCCAGACUUGCCUAACCCUAUUCACCUGCACUGCCUGAAAAGACAGACAAGAGCAAUAUUUCAAGGUGGGCCUAUUCUAUGGGGAGAUUGUCUAGCCAAGUCAGCCCUAUCAAGUCAGUGCAGACGAAUGAAAGGAGAAAAGGAAAGGAAGCAAUGGACUUUAGACUUUUGGGAUGAUACACCCACUGGUUAAAGUCCAGUUGGAUGCAUGCAGCUGUUAAACUUCUGCACUUCUCACUGGGAAAUCAGCAUAUGCCUACUCUAAUAAGUAAUGGAGAUUCCAGUAUUCACUGUUGAUGCAUUUACCAACUUACCUUUCAAAGGAAAUCCUGCAGCAGUUUGUCUGCUUUUACAUGAAUUGCAGGAUGAUAUGUACCAGAAAAUUGCUGCUGAGAUGAACCUGUCAGAGACUGCCUUCAUCAUAAGGCUAAAUUCAAAAGAUGACUUCAGCUCAGGAGCACGCUUCUGCUUACGUUGGUUCAGCCCCACCAAUGAGGUUCCUCUGUGUGGACAUGCCACCCUAGCUUCAGCUGCAGUACUGUUUUACAAAAAAAAAAAUGUCAACCCAACAGUGGUAUUUGAGACAUUGAGUGGAGAGCUGUAUGUGCGACAACAGGGGGAAUCUAUAGUGAUGGAUUUCCCACUGAACAAACCUACUUCUCUGGGUCUCAAUGAAUUUAAAGACAUAGUUAAUGCUGCUGUGGGAGACCAGCCAGUUCAAGAAGUAUGCCUCUGUGGCACCACCAAAAAGCUAAUGGUGCGCCUUGCUGACAAUUGUGACAGGUCAGUGCUCACGUCCCUGCAGCCAGACCCAGCAGUUCUUCUCCGUGUAGACACUGGCGGGAGGGUUAGGGGUCUGAUUGUCACCAUGAUUGGAGCCCCUGGCUGUCAGCCUGGCUAUGACUUCUACUCCAGAAACUUCUCCCCCUGGUUCGGGAUUCCUGAGGACCCUGUGACUGGCUCUGCACAUACUGUCCUUGCAGGCUACUGGUCAGAGAAACUGGGCAAGAAAAAGAUGCUGGCCUAUCAGUGCUCCAGUCGUGGUGGGGAGCUGGAGCUGGAGCUACGGGAUGAUGGCAGACUGAAUAUCGCUGGCCAGGCUGUAACUGUCCUGCAGGGGAUUCUAACUGUGUAGAGGCUAAACUGUUCACGUUGUAGACCUAGCAAAAUAAUCUGUAGACCUAGCGGUGGCUACAGAUUAUUUGCGUUUGAGAUUAUUCCAUUGUAUCAAGUUGUUAGUCACUUACAUUUGUCAUUCAAAUUUAAAUUUUGGCUCUAUACUCCAGUAUUUUGAAUAAGAGGCGAAAAUACAGAAUGUCACCUUUAAUUUGAGGGUAUUUUCAUACAUAUUGGUUUGACCAUUAAAGGAGAAGUUCAGUUUAUUUUUACCAAAUCUGUAUUUACGUCCUUUUAGAAACAGCAACGCUCUCAGUAUAGUGAUACAAGUCUUUAGAUGUUGUACACAUGAAAUUGUGUAAUUCCGAACUUUAUCUGCAACGUUAUAGACCAUUUUGUGCGACUGAGUGGUUCCCCUGAUCUAGCGGUGAUGUUUCUCCAUGUAGCCUGCACACACAGAAAAGUAUGGCUCGAGUUGCAAUUUAACGUUGCGGAUAAAGUUCGGAAUGACAAUUUCAUAUGUACAUCUAAAGACCUGCAUCACUAUAUACACUCCGAGAGCGUUGCAGUUUCUUAAAGGACUUAUUUUUGUGUUUUUGGAGCUUUUGUUCAUGUUUUAUCUAAGCUCUGGCAAUGCAAAACGAGCAUGAAGAAGUGUAUCGCUGGUUAGGGUACGUUUCUGAAAAUCAAGUGAAAUCGCAAAAAGUGUCUGGACUCUUCUAUAACUUUGGCCAUUUACAUCCAAAAUGCAGAUGAUUUGGUCCCAAUAAAGAGAACUUCUCCUUUAAGACAAAAGCCCUUCAUGAAUCUAGUCCCUCCCAUUUGAAGUAGUCAGAAUUAGAAUUUUAGCUUCAUUUUCCUAAUACAUAUGGUGAGGACUGUAUUUCAACAGUCUGUAAUUUUACUGACUGGGACAGGAGAGGGAAACAAAAUGUACAACACUUAAAAUGAUUUAUUCACAUAGAAAAUUACAAAAUGAAUGUCAAUAUAACAUGUAAAUGGUGCGUGUACUUCAACUUUUGAAUGGUCACAUUCUGUUGUAAUAAAAAGCGUUAAAACAA